AUGGCACCAGGAAACUUCUCCCGGGUGACUGAAUUCAUCCUCCUGGGCCUUUCUGACAGAAGGGAGCUGCAAGUCCUCUUCUUCACCUUCUUCUUCCUGACCUAUGCCAUGGUUCUGCUGGGGAACCUUGCCAUCAUUGUGACAGUCAGGACUGACCACAAGCUGUCCUCACCCAUGUACUUUCUCCUCUGCAACUUGUCCUUCAUAGACAUCUGCUGCAGCUCAGCCACUUCUCCCAGGAUGCUGGUGGACCUACUCUCCCAGAAGAAGACCAUUGCCUUUGAAGACUGUAUAGCCCAGAUGUUUUUUCUGCAUUUUUUUUUGCCCGUGAUGGCCUAUGCCCGCUUCAUGGCCAUCUGCAAGCCCCUGCACUACACGACCAUCAUGAGCCGGCGGGUCUGCUGGGCCCUGGUGUUGGCCUGCUGGGCAGGAGGCUUCCUCCACUCCAUCACCCACACGCUGCUCACAGUCCAGCUCCCCUUCUGUGGCCCUAACACCAUCAACAGCUACUUCUGUGACGUGCCCCUCGUCAUUCGCCUCGCCUGCACAGACCUCUACGGCUCCGAGUGGCUCAUGGCUUCCAACAGUGGCUUGAUCUCCUUGGUUUGCUUCCUGGUGCUGGUCACGUCCUACAUGUUCAUCCUGGUGGUCAUCAGGCUCCGUUUCACCGAGGGCUACUGGAAGGCGUUCUCCACCUGCGCCUCGCACGUCAUGGUGGUCACCUUCUUCUUCGUGCCCUGCAUCUUCAUCUACCUCCGUCCCUUCUCCACCUCCCCCUCUGACAAGCACGUCUGCAUGAUGUACACGCUCUUCUCCCCGCUGGUGAACCCCCUCAUCUAUACCCUGAGGAAUAAGGAGGUGAAGGCAUCCAUGUGGAGUUUGUGGAAGCGCCGCGGAGUCUUCUGA